AGAAGAGCACGUUGUCGGAUGCUGUGCCUCCGCUCAUCACUGCCUCCACUGCGCAGCCGCAGCUUCUCCAGGACGCAGAGCGCAGAAGAGGGAGACAGAAAAAUGGCCCUCGAUAAUUUAAUUUUUGCCCAGUGCAUUCUUUAUUUUUUAGCCUUCGUAUUCGGUUUCAUCGCCGUGGUGCCUCUGUCUGAAAACACGGAGGACUUCGGAGGGAAAUGCCUGCUGUUUACGCGGGGUAUGUGGCAAAAUGAGAACAUCACUGUGUCGAAGCAGCGCUUCAUCGUGGAGGAGUGGGGACCCGAGUCUUCCUGCAGCUUCAUCACUUUUGUCGGGAUAGCGUCCCUCAUCCUGUCCGCAGUGCAGGCAUGGAGGCUACUGUUCUUUCUGUGCAAAGGACACGACGACUCCAUCUUCAAUGCUUUCCUCAACCUGCUGAUCAGCUCCCUGGUGGUGUUCACAGUGUUCCUGUCCAGCACCAUUGUAAGUGUGGGUUUCAACCUCUGGUGUGACGCCAUCACUGAAGGUGGGACCAUGCCCAGCAGCUGUGAGGACAUGCAGGACAUUGAUCUAGAACUUGGCCUAGACAACGCUGCCUUUUAUGACCAGUUUGCUAUAGCUCAGUUUGGCCUGUGGGCUGCCUGGCUUACCUGGCUUGGGAUCGCAGUGAUGGCCUUCCUGAAGGUCUACCACAACUACAGACAAGAGGACCUGCUGGACAGCCUGAUCCACGAGAAGGACCUGCUGCUCAGUCGCUCCUCCCGCCGAAGCUCUGACCUCAAGACAGGUCUGAUUUAGAAACUGGAAGACGCACAAACACACGCUCACUCACCCUCAACCAGUCCUCUCGCCUGCCAUGAGAAACACCAAUGUUUGCCUAUGUAGACAAUCAGAACCAAUUGGCUUUUUCUCCCCCUGACUUUGAAUUUAACCAUAUGGAAUGUUUAGCAGUAUUGAGUUUAUCCUUCCACUGUGUGCAUUCUUCUUUGAGACACCCACCUAUAGCCAAGCUUUGAUGGUAUUAAAACUACUUAAUGCAACUGUACACCCAAUUUUUUGGUUUUCUUCAUGAGUUUCUAUUUAGCAAUGCAGUAUUAAUGACUUAGACAGAUAGGUUAAAGGAUAAUGUUGUCUUUGUGAUGCUUUUGCAUGGAUGAACUAGUGCAUGGCAAAUUAAUGAGAUGGUCUUUUGUUUUUUUUAGAAGGGGUGUUCUUUUGUUUUAUACCCCAAUAAAUGUGUUACUAUAGGCUUUUUUUCUGGUAGGAUGCACACUGCACCUGAGAAUUCUUUGCAUGCUGCAGCAAAGUACUUAAAAACAUUGAGUUUUUUUGUGUAUUCAUACUGUGAAUAACAGUUUGUGUUUUAUAAAAAUUAUUAUAAUUCAGAACAUUCAUAUAUUAAGCAGCCAGUCCAAAAAUGCUUUUAGCAAUGUGCGAGGAGAAAAAAACUAAACAAACAAAAAAAACCUAUAACUUUUGUGCCAUAUAGCAACUCAGGCUUCUUUAUAUGCUAUAAAACCAGUAUACUGUGAAUAGACACACAAAUGUACCUGCAUGCAUUUCUCUCCCUGUUGCAUUCACAUGACUCACUCACUGUCAGAGGUUACAGAAAAAAGCAAGUCAUCUGAUUGACUUUGAUAGGCAAUGAGAGUUUUAUUCAAACUAAUUGAAAUCAUAAAACAGUAGGAACUAAGAAAGCCCUCCAAAAAAGGCACUUCUUUCAAAGUGACCAUAAUUGUUUGGACAGUUGUGAAAUGUAGCUCUUAAAGAGCCCAUGGCAUGUUCAUUUCCAGCCAUUUCAUGUUUAAUCUUGGGUAACUCUAGAUUAGUUUUGCACCC